GGGAGGAGAAAUGCUAACUAAUCCGCCUGGGACCUUCUUGGUGCAAAGCAAGUUUGUUUCGGCAACAAAGCAAUUUAGAAUGCUUUAUCUGAUGAAAACGUAAAACAUGGCAUAAUAAAGGAAAGUAAUGAAAACUUGAAAUAUAGACUAACAUAAAUAUUACAGUCAUAUCUAAGGGAGCUUUAAACAAACUGGUUUUUAGCCCUCAUUUAAAGGAACUCAGGGUUUCAGCAGCUUUGCAGUUGAGUUUCUCUAGAUCUUGCUGGGACAUUAGUCCUUUAAUCCUGGAAAUGUUCUACAGGUGAUAGAAGACCGACUUUGUAACUGUCUUUAUGUGUCUCUGAAGGUUCAUGUCUGAGUGCAUCAAUAAACCCAGAUUUCAAUCGACAAAAUGACCAACAUAUUUGAUGUGUAUUGAUGAUCCUAACACUGGAACUUGACAAAAUACAACGUCUGUUACUGGUUUUCACAAGUAUCGACUAAAUGAGGUGUUUGAUGUUUUUGUAAAGUAAAGCACUUGAACUGUCUUGUUGCUGAAAUGCGCUAUACAAAUAAUCUUGACUGGUAACUAAUCUUAUAACUUGCUUUAAUCUGAGCUAGCAGAUUAAACAGGCGGGGAUCCAAAAUAUAACCUUGUGGAACGCCACAUGUGAUUUCUGCCCACUCCAUUGAAAAGUUACCCACUGAAAUCUCUGUUCUUUAGAGGCUGAUGCUUCCCAGUGUCUCCCGCUGCACUCGGCCCAUCUACCUUUCUGUAGCUCGGCCUCUGGCUCACUUCAGACCGCCCAUGGACCCGGACCCGACCCGGCCUAUUGAAACAACCAUCAGAACCAAACUGACAGAAAAGUUCAAGCCCAGCCACUUGGAGGUCCACAACGAAAGCCACAUGCACGCGGUUCCCCCCGGUUCCGAGUCUCACUUCCGAGUCCUGGUGGUCAGCUCGCUAUUUGUGGGUCUGCCGCUGAUUCAGCGCCACCGUCUGGUCAAUGAGGCGCUGAAGGAGGAACUGAGUAGCUGUGUUCAUGCGUUGGCCAUCCAGGCGAAGACCCCUGAGCAGUGGGGUGUAGACCCCGCUCUGGGCAAGAGCCCGCCCUGCAUGGGGGGUUCGAAAAACGACCGCACUGUGGAGGAGAAGCUGAAGGCCGGGCGGGAAUGAAGCGCUGGACACUCACAACCUGCUCUUUGGUUUUAUCUACUCUGAAGGUAAAAGGAUUGAAGAAUAAAUCUUCUCAUUAAUAUUCAUCUGCCUUGAUUUCCCUGAUGUUGGUGUAAAAUUGAGUACAGAUGAGAAUAAUCAGGUUGGUCUUCUGUGCUUUUCUGCUGCUGAAUGUAAAUAAAAGUGAUUUCUGAGAUUCA